AUGUUGCGAUGGAUGCCCCGAUGGCAGCCCAUCAAACGCUUGGCUCUGAUCAAACCUCGCCCCUUCAUACGCAUGACAUCGAAUGAAACGAAACCUAACCAACCGCAACAAAAGAUCCGGAACACCUGGCUUCGACGACGGUUCAGUCUCUCCGUUCCCGUACUACACGAACCGCCCUUUCCCAUCUACUUGCGCCUGGCUAUAUAUGCCCUCGUGCUGAUGAACAGCGUCCAUGUUUUCUUCACCUACGUCUACGAAUUCGACUCGACACAGGGCAUUUCAAUGCUCCCGACUUUGGCGAGCUUUGGAGACUGGGUGUUCAUAAGCAAAUACUACAGACGUGGGAGGGGAGUAAAAGCUGGGGAUGUUGUAUCAUUCAAGCAUCCAGUGAGGAUUGGGGAGAAUGCUAUCAAGAGAGUGUUGGCUAUGGAAGGAGACUUCGUCUUGAUGAACACCCCUGGGAAGAGUGAGGCUAUGAUUCAGGUACCUCAAGGACAUUGCUGGGUCGUUGGUGAUAACAUGCUUCACUCGCGGGAUUCGCGUAUGUUUGGGCCUCUACCUUUGGCACUCAUAUCCGGCAAAGUCAUGGCAAAGGUCGACCGACCAGGAACUCUGCCAGGUUUCUCAUGGAUUGAGCACGGAUUUCAGCCUGCUUAUAUCGAAGACGAUGAUGUGGAUUAA